AUGCACCUGGUUGUAGCGAGCUGGUUGCAAGCGGACGACUAUUUGGAGAACAAUGGCGCACUAAUAAACAAUCCCGACUGGACUUUAAUUUAUGAUUUCGUAGAAAGUAACGAGGAUAUGACGAUGCUUCGUCGAAACGGAGAUAAAUCUCCAGCACAGAGUUGCGAGCCCGACAUGAUCGCGUGUUCGGAUGUGGCUGUGCCCGGCUUCACCUGUCAGCUCGCGGAUGCCAUGCGGCGCGCGGAGAGAAAGAGCGAAAGAGAAAGACGAGCAGCGAAGCAGCAGCAGCAGCAGCAACAGCAGCACCAGCAACAUCAGCAACAUCAGCAGCAGCAGCAGCAGCAACAUCGGCAACGAUAG